CUGUUUUGACAGCAGAACAUACGCCAUUUUGCCAUUAUUCAGAAGGUUGCAUUAUCUGUUCGUCAACAAUAUAAAGUGAAAUGUUUUCGAGGUUUUUACAGUAUAUGUGAUGUGUGAGUGCAGUUUCAGGGUUUGUGAAAAAAACUAGGAGUAUGGAGGAGUCCAAUGAUGAGCACAAUGUAGUUCCCGAACUCUACUUUCUGAUAGCCAAAUUUCUGUGCGGUGGACCCCUAAAGGAGACUGCGAAGACUUUGCUGAAAGAGCUCGAGUCAGUGGAGGUGCUGCCUCGACGACUCGACUGGGAGGGCGCCGAGCAUGCUCAGUCAUACCGUGAAUUGGCAGCGCAGUAUUCGGACAUAUCAUGGCAACGGCUGGCUACAGUAUGCGAGCGUGCACUGCGGUUGGCUCGCGUUGCACCCUCGGUGGCCCAAGAUUCCGAGACACAAGGCGCGGCGGUACCUUCUGCGGAACAGAGCCGCCUAACGGCACGAUUGUCAUUACUGAGUGAGACGCUUGUAAGACCGAAGCCGAAAUAUUCGUUUUUUAAGCAGGACCACUCUCUAGUGCGGCGACUAGUACACCGGGAAUUGGGGCUUGGCGGCGCUGCUACUGCCGGCGGGCGCGGCGGCGAGGCAGCAUUCCCCGCGCGGCUACUGAGCGGGUUGCAAUUACAACGACGCACACUUGGGCACCUAUCUGCAGUAUACUGCGUGGUGUUUGACUGCACGGGCCGCUAUGUGGUGACGGGUGCUGACGACUUGCUGGUGAAGGUGUGGGUCGCGCGGGACGGUCGGCUCGCGGCUACGUUGCGAGGGUGCGGCGCCGAGGUGACCGACGUCUGUGUAUCGCGUGACGGCGCGCUGCUGGCGGUGGGCUCGGUGGAGCGGCUCGUCCGCGUGUGGUGCCUCGCCACGGGGGCACCGCGAGCCGUACUCCAUGCGCACGCUGGAACUAUUACCUCUGUUCACUGGUCGCCGGCGACGCGUGGCGAGGUCCGAUGGCUCGCUUCCACUUCAACUGAUGGCUCAGUAGCGUUCUGGAGCAGCUCAGCGGAUGGACAGUUUCUCUCACAACCAGUGCAAUACGUGGAGCGCAUGCGGCCUGGUGCUUGCCAUAUGAUCUGCGCGGCUUGGUCUGCAGGUGGCGCGUUCUUAGCGGCCGGCAGCGCCGACCAGCACGUGCGUGUAUACGCGUUGCACCACACAGCACCCACGCCUCGACGUGUAUUAGAAGUGGCAGUACACGGAGACGCGGUGGAUAGUAUUGCUUGGGCGCAUCGUGGUCUGCGCUUCGUGUCCGGGAGUAAAGAUGGUAGUGCGGCACUGUGGACACUACACGCGACACAAUGGCGACAUGCGAUGCUUGUGCCCGCAGAUAAACAGCGCGCCGCAGACGGCAAGAGACUGAAGGUGACCAUGGUGUGUUGGGACUGUAGCGACGCCUAUGUGGUCACAGCCGUUUCGGACAAUACGGUGCGUGUAUGGUGCUCUCGUACAUGCAUGCAGGUGCGCUGCCUCAGUGGACACCGUGACGAAGCGUAUGUGUUAGAGGCGCAUCCGUUCCUACCGGCUGUGCUACUCUCUGCCGGACAUGACGGCCAAUUGUUCGUAUGGGACGCCGCCGCGGGCGAGGUGCUUGCGCAAUUCCAUAACCGCAUAGAAGGUCAGGGUGACGGUGCCAUCUUCGACGCUAAGUGGGGCGGCGGUGCAACUAUCGCUGCGACUGAUUCGCACGGACAUCUGUUACUUUUGGGACUAGGUCGCGGACACCGACUUCUGUCUGAGCUACCCGCUGAGCUAUUUUUCCACACUGACUAUCGACCUCUAGUGAGGGAUGCAUUAGGAGGCGCGUUGGACGAGCAAACGGAAACACCACCACAUCUGAUGCCGCCACCGUUCCUGGUGGACGUGGAGGGCGCGCCACACGCACCGCGUUUUCAACGUCUCGUGCCGGGCCGCGAAAACCUCGCGCUCAAUCAAUUGAUACCCGCCGCAGAUGCGCCGCGCUCACGCAUUGACGCCAUGAUCGCAGAGUUAGCUGGCGGUGGUGGUGGACCGGGAGGCCUAGGGGGUUUGGGGGGUGAAGCGCGGGGAGUGUGGCGCGGGGAAGGCGUGAGGCACACUGCGGGUUCGUGGCAGCGCGGCGACCCGCUACUGGUGCCUCAUAGCACGCGUCCCAUCGUGCCACCGCUCGCACCAGCCGCGCGACGAGCACUCGAGCAAGCCUGCGCGGAGCUGAACGCGCUGGAGAUGAGUUGGUACCGACGCGAGAUGCGGCGGCGGCCGGUGAUGAUCAGUACGGCGACGGACAGCGCGAGUGGUCGGCGGCGGCCGGGCCCGCGCGCUCGGGCGCCACGUGCUGCCCGCCCGCCGCCCGCGCGUCCGCCGCCGCCUCGCGUCGAGGAGGAGCCGCCUGAGAGCGCCUCGCACUCCGACACCUCUGAUGAGUCCGUCCGGCUCUCCGGCUCGGCGCACUCCUCGCGGGACCGCUCCUCGUUUGCUUCCAGUCUCGACCUCACUGACUCCUCUACGAGCUCGCACUCUGGGAGUAAAAACGACAAUUCGGACUCGUCGGAGUACUCAGACUGGGAGACGGGCGCGGCUCUGGCUCCGCCCGCGCGCGCUCGUCGGAGACCGCUACCGGCUAGAAGGUACAGUCCGAGCACAUCGACAAACAAGCGCACGGAACGACCGAGCACAAGUGCGGCGGCAGAUGGGGCGAGCGGCAGCGGGGGUGGGGAGCCGGCGGAGGCGGACGCUGUGGACGGUGACGGCGAGGGCUCCGCCUCCGGUACGGGAGCCGGCGCCGCGGCCGACGACCUGCCCGACGUGUACCGCCCUGGCGAAUGGCUCACCGCUGUCGCGCCGCGGAAAGCGCCCUACCACCCGCAAAUGGGUGACAUGUGCCUCUACUUCCGCGUGGGACACCAAAGAUACUUCGAGGCCGUUGCAGUAAAGGAUCUAUAUAAAAUAAAUCAGCGAGACAAGCCUUGGGAGCGUACACAAGUGCAUGAGUGCGAGCUCGCGAAGGUGGUGGGCGUGCGAUACGAGAUCAAGCCUCCGCGCGUGGCGUCCGUGCGGCUGGCGUGCGCGCUGGACGCGGGCCGGCCGCGCUCGCUCACCGUGCGCUACCACGACAUGCCGGACGUCAUCGACUUCCUCGUGUUGCGCCAACAGUACGACGCGGCUGUGGCGCGCCGCUGGGGCCCCGGCGACCGCUUCCGCUGCAUGAUCGACGACUCGUGGUGGAGCGGCGUCGUGCUCGAGCGCUGUCCCACAGCGCCGCGGGACGCAGAAGCAGAUCCCCGCCCUUCCGUUGCUGACUCUGCCGCUGAGCGAUUCUCUCGUGAAGCUGCUUCGCAUUUUUUGUCGCUGCGCGUGCGCUGGGAUAAUGGGGAGGUAGAGCGUUUAUCGCCUUGGGACCUGGAACCUGUAGAUCCAACCCGAGAACCCACUGAACCGGGUGGUUCCGUAGCUGUGCUGCCGCGAGAGUUAGAGACUGCGCUGUACCGCGCCGAAGCGCACGAAUGGCCUCCACGUGGGAAUCGUGCCGCCGCUUGCCACGCCAUUGCACUACAUAUAGGCCAAGUCAUGUCUCUGUCGGUGGCCGAGCCAUUCGUCGCGCCGGUGGACCUUCAGCUAUAUCCUACCUACGCACGCGUUGUGCCAUAUCCCAUCGAUUUGGCUACCAUAAAGGCGCGGUUCGAAAAUCUGUUCUAUCGACGAAUGGCGGCAGCACAAUUCGACGUGCGGUAUUUAGCGACUAACGCUGAGUUGUUCAAUGAGGCGCGGUCACCGAUUGUGCGGCAGGCACGCCUACUCACCGAUUUGCUUCUCUACAUUAUCAGCCACUGGCACGAGGUGGACGUGGUGGCCAAGUACCAUGAGCUCGCCGCCUCGUAUCAGUCAUCGGAUGAUGAGCCACUGGCGCCGUCGCGGAAGAGUCGGCGUGCAGCGCGACGCCGCAGCGGCGCGGCGGAGAGCGGCACGGACCGGGCCGGCGACAAGUGGCGCGCGGCAUGCUCCGAGGUGUUGCGCUCGCUGUUGGCCUCCGCCGACGCGGAGCCGUUCCUGGCGCCCGUGUCCGAGUCGCAGGCGCCGGACUACGCGCGCGUGGUGGCGCGCCCGAUGGACUUGGGCACGGUGGGCGCGCGGCUGGCGGCGGGCCGGUACUCGACGCGCGACCACUUCGCUGCCGAUGUGCGACAAGUGUUCUCAAACAGUCGCCUUUACAACACCAACAAACGCAGUCGGAUAUACUCGAUGACGGUGCGUCUGUCGUCGCUGUUCGAGGCGCUGUGGGCGCGCGUGCCGGCGCCGCGGGGCGCGCGGGGGGCGCGGGGCGCGCGGCGGGCGCGGCCCACGCACAGCGGGCGCACGUCCCCGCGCCGCACGCGGCACCGCACGCAUCGCACGCACCGCACGCGCCGCGUCGCCGCCGCCGAGCUCGCCAACGGACACGAGUCGGCCAGCUCCGACUCGGAGACGCUGGCGGCCACCUCGCGCCGCGUGCACCGCGCCGCCGCCGACGCCGCCGCCGCUGACGACUCGCUCGACAGCGACGCACCGCUUGACGCGCACAGAAAAGGCAAGGGCGUGGGAAAGAAAAGCAAGAGCAGCAGCGCCAGUGUCGAGCCCGCGCCCAGUACGAGCCGCGCGCGCGACACCGAUCUAUAUGUGCCAUCAGGGAGUCGCACUGUUCGUGACGAGAGUGGCGGUGAAGGCGGCGGUGGGUCCUGGUCGGAAUCGAGCGCGUAUUCCAACAUCGAGGUGGUGGAGGAGGAGCUCGCUGAGGAUGAAGUGGAGCUCACAUACGAUGAACAUUCGGACGGGCCGCAUCGCACGUCGACGGGGCGCAACAAACGCAAGCGCGCGCGCAUCACGUCGGGCAGUAGUGAGGGCGGGCGCGUAAACUCACAUCGCCCUGACAACACGCCACUAAAGAGAAUGCGUGAGCGGUUCACAGCGAACACAACAACGUCUGGUUCGUCGUCGGGAUCAGAGCUGGAAGAGGAUCGCGCACGCCGGUACGAAUCCGAUCAUUCGUACCGGCCGCGUUACUCCACUGACGACGACGCGCCGCUGAACUUAUACCGGCAGCGGCAGAGCGGCGCGUCGGCGACGCGAGCGGCCGACGAGCCCGGCACCUCCGGCACCGCGGGCUCGCGCCGCGAACACAACGGACAUGCACGCGUCAGUUGCGGCGGUGUGUCGUUGCGCGCGCGCUCGCCGGUGCGCUACAACGAGGACAGCGAGGAGGACUCGGCGGCCGCCAUCAGCAAGCGCGCCCAGCGGCCGCACCGUGUGCACCGCCUGCCGCGCGCACUCACCAACGACUUGCGCACACAGGCUAGUGUUGGCGUUGGACUGAGCGGCGCGGGGCCAGCACUAGUUCCACACAACGACGACCAUAACUAUUUCAAUGGUCACGCAGCGCCUCAUCAUCACCGGCACCCAGUAAGUUCUCGGUCGACGGGAGGUCGGUCGGGCGGCGAGGGCAGCAGCGGCGGCGCGGCGCCCGUGUCCAUCUCGUCGCGCGGGCGCGUGCGCAAGCUCACGGCCAAGGCGCGCGGCCUGCUACGGGACUGAGGGUGCGAGUCGCCCACUUCCGCCGGAACGCCUUGACGCUCACCAGUGUCCUACCAAGGCUGUGACAUCGUGUGACUGUGUAACUGUGACUGUGAUACAUACUAUGUAUGGCCGCAAAAUUGCAGUUGUUUCGUAUAGUGGAUGAUUACUGUUUCGGUGUUGUAGUAACCCUCGCGAUAACGGAAUCGCGCCGGUGUAGUGAUGUAAUAUAGUUAAUAUCGACGGGACACUCGUCAAAUGCUGUGUUCAUAUUGGUACAGUAUAUUAUAAUUGACUUAACUAUCAGUCCUUUAAUUUAUUAAGUGCUUAUAAUAUGUGUAGUUGCUCAGUGCCAAAACAAAUUCUAGGAAAAUGAGGGGAACCGAGAUUACAAAUAAUGUAAUUUUAAAUAGCAACAUGUACCACGCAUACCUCCAAAAUAUUUAUAAAUUAUUCUCAUGGGUUCCCUAUGACCUACUCCCACAGCCAUCCAGUGAUUGACAAUUAUUCACCCGAUAUAACACUAGUAACAAAGAAUCUUGGAAUCAUAUACAAGACAUUUUUUUCCUAUCAUUCGACACCUGCUGUAUUAUCGAUUUUAGAAAUUCGAUGUUAGUUUACAAACACUUGGUAAAGAUAAGUUAAACAUGCAUUAUUUUAAAGGAGCAUGUUGAAGGAAAAGCCAGUGUUUCGAAAAGCAUCAUGUGAUACUACAUUGUAGUGUAAAUGUAUGUGUGUUUACCAAACUAUGUUUAUCUUGAUCAGAUUUGCAUGUAACGACAUUUAUAAUGAAUUCGAAUAUCAUAAUAUGUAUAUGUUGUCAUUUUAGUGAUUGCAAUUUGCACAACACAAUGUAUUUAAUAAGGGAUUCUAUAUAGCUAUGUAUAAUCCAUAUGGUGUUAUACACUAUUAUGUUUCAGUUAUGAACCAAAUGUAAUAAUUUUAUUGAUAUUGACUGAUAUGCAUUAUGUUUAUGAAAGUAUGUGUCCCAAGGCAUGCGGUGAGUCAGAUCUCCACUCUGUAGUGAUGUACAGAUACCACUCUGAUUAGAUCAAUUUUAAUGUUAUUUUAGAUGUAAGUGAUGAACGAAUUAUUGUAUAUUAUUAUGUAUAAAUUGAAUAAUGUAACUGUUUGAAAUUGGUAAUGUGUACUUAAAUAGUAUUGUGAUAUGUGUAGUUGGAUCUGGGGAAAAAAAAUGAUAUCAAAAGGUUGUGGCAAUGUGAUGAGAGGGAUUGAAUGAAACUGUAGUGGAUAUGUAAGUGUGUGACAAAGUGAUGUAACUAUGUGACAAGUCAAUGUAUGAAGAGUUCUUUCCCCUAUUUGGGGCUGCUCCCCCCCCCCCUCCCCCUUGAAAUGACUGAAUGGACAUCCCACAUGGGUUUAUAUUAAUAAUUACUUUUCCAGUCAGAUACACGUUACCUACUCUUAUUUCAAUACUUUUUGUGCUUCUCAUUUAAUUUUGAAACCAAAAUGAUUACGAUUUUAACAUAAGUUUUGUAAAUUCACAAUGUUUUAUUUCAUAUUGACAAUGGGUUACAUUAUCAUUAUCAAAUAGUUUUGCAAAUAUCUUUUGUGGAAUCUUAAUACAUGAAAACCAAACUCUGAUGUAUUAAUCUAUGCACAGGUUCUAAUGAUUAUUGCUCUUAUAUUUGCCUGUGUGGGUAAUAUUUUAUGUUACCAACUAUCAAAACAACUAGCAAAAAAGAAAAAUUUUAAAGACCAGGUAUGAUCAAUGUAAACGCCUUAUGUUCGUUCAGUGUGAUUUUAAGUUGGUUUUGAAUGUAUUUUGAUGUAUAUACAAUGUACUAGUUUAUCAAAUAAUUGAAUGAGACAUGGCUGCUGACUUUUAACAAUACUAUUUAUGACAAAUUUUUAUUUUAAAUUGAACAUUUAGUAAGCUUUCACAAUAUUUUUUUCAAAGACUAGAAAUGACUCCUGAAUACAAUUUCAUAGAAUGUUCAUUCAACACUCUUAUUACAAUAUUUUAUUAACAAGUUUAAAGAUAUUCUUAUGUUGCUUCAAUCCCGAAUGGUGUUACAUAACCAACAAAAUUGAAAUAACAUUGAUUACAUGUAUAUAUUUGUACAUAAUUUGUAAAAAUAUUAUGUAUAGAACAAGGGCCAGUUUAAUGUACUAGUAAGAGUUUUGGGGUCUUUUAUAGUCUGAUUUAAUGAUGAUGCGUGCAGCUAUGCCGGCUUCUCGGUAGACAGACUUCAUGACGCUCAAAUAAAAUACAACUCGAAUAGCAAUAUUAGUUAAUUUGAUGUCAGAUCGAGAUUCCAGGGUUGAUAUUUAUAAUGUUUUUUUCCUAUAGUUAGGUAGAUAAUUCCGAAUUGAUUGGAUGGAAUCAAGGACAAAAUUAGCGGGAACUGGUGUGGCUAACCUAUUUUUAUAUGCAAUACAGGAGACAAAAGUUGAUUUAUUUUAUUUUGUUAUGAAUUUGGAAUCGGGUACUUUUAUACUACACAUAAUCCUAUGGACUAAGUAAAAUUAUACGAUAUUAUUCAUCAAAGCCCCCACUAGUCAGCUAUGUAAAACUCAAAGAAGGUUCUUAUGAUCCAGUCGGUCUCUUAUUACAUAGUGGAGAAAAAACUUGGCCUUAUUUAAAUUACUAUUGACCUCAGGAUCUUGAUCUAUGAAGUACAGUUAACUUUUGAUAUUCGAAUGUCGUAUGUACUAAAACGAAUUAUCGUUCCUUGGAGUACUUCAGCGCCGCUAGUGGUAUGGUUGCCAUAAUGAUAAACUGAGACUACGCUCGUCGGUAUGUCGAAAUAGCGCCCGGACGGAAUUUCAAAGGAUUGUUGCACGUGUGACGUGUGUCGUCCAGCAUAAAUGACUUUGUACAAAUCGAUGUAAUGUUAGCGAAUAUCGCACAAUUGUCUGUGGGAUGAUAUCUCAAUGUAUCAAUUGCUAUUGAAUCUAAUUGUGUAUAUAAUUAUGAUAGUAAAUGUAUUUAGGCCCACGCGACUUCACUGUAGAACUAACAGCGGAAAUAAUAAUACAAUCAUUAUUUAUAAAAUCGAUUUGUGGGGAUAGUUUAUUUAACAUAUUUUAUUUUAUUUUACAAAUGCAUUGUGGGAUUAUAUUUUGUGCAAGUAUCGAGUGUACGUCGCGUGAGCCUGACUUUGACUAUUUUUAAGUGUAUGUAUAUGCAUGUGAGUGUGCGUGUGUACAGACAAGACAUCGGUGUGUUUGAACCAAACAAAUAAAAAUAUUUUGUAAUUCGAA